AUAAAUCUGAGAGAUAAGCUUUUACGGAUUCUGGAAUUCUGGAAGGUUCUUCAAGUCAAACGCGAGUCAUUGACUGAGGUCGCGGGCCUGUAAGCACUCAUACGAAGUCCCGUAGAUCAUGGUUAGAACACGAGGUUUAGGUCGUACUAUAGGUAGGGUUAUAGGCAGAGAUAGACAGGAUGAGGAUGAUGCAGUUGAUGUUCCGCAGAGGCGUAAGCCUACUGCAUCAGCCCGUAGGCAACGGGUUCAACAAAUGACUGAGGAUGUUCCUCACAUGACUGAGGAUGUCCCUCAUAUGGCUGAGGAUGCACCUGAGAUGACUAUGGACAUACAGGCGAUUGUUGCAGAGGACUUAGGUCGUGAUGGUGCUGAGGGGUCACAUGCUGAUGAUGCUGAGAGAUUCCGAGGAGGGCCACGUGACCCAUCAGUGCUGACUUCAUUUGUAGACCAUGUUGCAAAUGCCAUUUGGAGUGGACAAGAACGUCCUAAGUUGAAGUUGGUGUCCCACGGGAGGAAGGUGAUGUUAAUUGGGAGGCCAGUGCCUGAGAUUGAAGGACUGGUUGAUGCCACAUGAUUAAGUCCAUUGAUCGGGUGUUCAGUUGUAACCGACGAUCCUGAACUUAUAUCCGCAUUUGUGGAGAGGUGGCACAGGGAGACCAGUACCUUCCACCUUUCAGUAGGAGAGUUGACGAUCACACUGGAUGAUGUUUUGUCACUCCUCCAUCUGCCUAUCAGUGGCGCCUUCCACAGCUUUCAUGCUCUUUCAGUGGACGAGGCGGUAUUUUUGUUGAUAGAGUUGCUUGAGGUGUCUGCUGAGGAGGCUAGAGCCGAGACAACAUGAUCACGCGGGGCAUAUGUAUGGCUGGGAUGGGUUCAAGACAUCUAUGAGAUAAGAUGUCAGGCACGACGAUGGAUUGUAGCAGCUCGUGCUUAUCUACUGCACCUGGUGGGUUGCACUCUUUCUUCUAAGAAGAGUGCAACAUAUGUUCAUGUGGUGCAUCUAGAGGCUUUUCGUGACUUGGGUCAGAGUGGUGUUUAUGCCUGAGGAGUUGCCGUGCUGGUUCAUGUGUAUGGCCAGUUAGAUGAAGCUUCUAGGACCACAACACGACAGAUUGAGGGGUACCUGACUUUAUUACAGUGCUGGAUCUAUGAGCACUUUCCAAGUGUGCAUCAGUGCGUCACAGAUAAUACGUACGAGGAGACGUCCCCACAUGCUUCCCGGUGGCUGACGACAAAGGCGCAUAUGAAAGGAAUUACAGGAGCGUCGUACCGGGCAUGUUGUGAUGCUUUGACGGUCACAGAUGUGUGUUGGUUGCCUUACAGUGAGCAUCGAGGGGUUAGGGGGUUUGAGCUGAUUUCAUCGUUCCAGGGUCAGCUGAGAUGGGAUCCUAUGGUGGUCACAGUUCGACCAAAGAGGGUGCUACGACAGUUUGGUUACAUUCAGAGCAUCCCUUCGCCGCCUGUUAGCGCUUCGUUGUCAUAUGAUGAUAUAGAUGACAUGUGGAUGCAUUUCGCAGACCACGUACUAGCUAUGGGUGAGCUUUGUGUAGUGCCUGGGUAGGUAUUUGCGGAUUACAUGGAGUGGUUUUUCUAGAUAUCUCACCCAUUCAUGAUACCGACCCAAGCAGGUGACCAGCCCAGACAUGUACCUGCCCCAGACCAUGAGGACUACAUGCAGCCGACCAUCCCACAGGUUCCAGUGG